AUGGACUCGCUCGACGUCGUGCCCAUAUCCCGGGUGCAGGCCACGCAGCGCGCUGGCCGCGCCGGCCGCACGCGGCCGGGCAAGUGCUUCCGGCUGUACACGCGGCUGUACUUCGAGUCCCAAAUGCCGGACGCGGCGCUGCCCGAGAUCCAGCGCUGCGGCCUGGCGGGGGCGGUGCUGCACCUCAAGGCGCUGCGGCUGCCCCUGGACGUGCUGGGGUUUGACUUUUUGGACCCGCCGUCAAGGGGUGCCCUGGAGGAGGCGCUGCGGCGGCUGUACAUAACCGACGCCAUUGACGCCGACGGUGACAUCACCCCCCUCGGCCGCCAGAUGGCCAACAUGCCGCUGGAGCCGGACCUCGCAAGGGCGCUGCUGGCGGCGCACAAGCUCAGGGGACCGCCGGCGCAGCGCAGGCCGGGCCGCCCGGCGGCGCGCCCCACCGCCCCGCGGCCCGGCCCCGCGGGCGCGCGGCGCCAUCGCGCGCACGCGCGCCCGCGCCGCCGAAG